AUGGCUCGUUUUUUGUGGGGAUCAACUCAGGAACAUAGGAGGAUUCAUUGGCGAUCUUGGAAGCUCCUUUGCUCUAGUAAGCAAGCGGGUGAGUUGGGUUUCAGGGAGUUUGGUAAGUUCAACCAAGUUCUUCUUGCUAAGGUAGCUUGGCGGGUUCUUUCGCAUCCCACAUCUCUUUUGGAGUGA